AUGUUCGAUCCUCAGAAGUGUGUUGAGCCAACCAGCGUUCCAUUUGGCUGGACGGCGAAGAGCAUCGACGGCCGUGAUAAACGAUGGGACCGCCUGCGGAAGAAGUAUGCUCUUUCUGACGGACAUGCAGAGGUCAUAAGUGGUUCUGGCUUCUUGUCGUACGUUAUACGGGUGGUCUUCACUUUUCAUGGGACAGAUGAGAGAUUUUCCGCGAUCCUAAAAGUACCUACCGUGCAAAAGAUACGUGAUGCCAAAAUGUUUGCUGGAAGGGUUUGUUAUGGGAUGUGAUGUCGGUAAUACUCGAACGGGUUUUUUAAGGACGACGUAUUUGAGAACUAUUUGUUCAAACUGCAUAAUCAGGAGAUACUGUUUUAUAAAGAGAUUGCCGAGAAGUGCGAUAUAUUCUACUUUCCUAAGAUGUAUGCCUACGUCUUAAGCGACGGAAAAGCCGGCGCCCACGGAAGGAUUCUUAUGGAAGACGUUGGGGACAGAGGAACAUUGCCGGACAUCCUCCAAGGUCUGAAAUACGAGCAGGUAAGAAGACCCAAAUUGACUAUAGGUGUUCAAAAUAUUUGAAUGUGUACAUAUUUGAAAAGCUGCAAACGACCCUGUUUCAGUGCGCUGAAGCGAUAAAAGUCCUUGCCAGGUUCCAUGCGUUCGGUUAUCUGCAUGCGACCGAUGAUUUCCUACGCCAGCUCCGUUUAUGUCAAACGGAAAGAAAGGACGAAGAGCGACUUCAACUUUCCCCAGCGAUUUUUCGGCUCGACCCAUACUUUGCUGAAAACAUGACCCUUCUGAAGAGGAUCGAAGCCGACUACGGCAAAAUCAUGAUCGACCAGCAUUUGCACUUUGGCAUACCACCAGUGUUGACGCACGGCGACUUCUGGGGUAAUAACAUGUUCUUCGAAAAGAACGCCGAUGGCUCCUCUAGUGAUAGAGUUUUCACAAUCUUUGAUUGGCAAUGCCUUCGGCCGGACUCUGGUAUACCUGACGUAACAAAAUUUCUUGCGGUAUCAGCAUCGGAAAGCGUUUUGAGAGAAAAAAUCCCAAACCUUCUUGCUCUGUACUACGAAGAAAUGAAGCAAAGUCUGAAGGAGAAUGGCGUUGUUAUACCAUACGAUUUUGAAAAUGUAAGAAUGAAAUACGUCAAAUCGUGAAGAAAACUCUUCUUCUUGGCUUUUCGUCCAACAAUUUAUUGGGAAAAACUUUUAAAACUUGUCCUAUUGGUUUUGCUGGUCGAAAUUACCUGCUCCAAAAGAUUUGAAAGGGCUAGCCAUUUUUCAACCUUGCCAAAAAAAGACGUGAUUUUUGCUAAUUGGUCUAGAAAUCGGUCAAAAAAGAUUUCCUACUCGCGACGAAAAGCCAACUCGGUGUUUUCCUUUUUCGUGCUCUUCCGAUUUGACGCACAACGUUACAAAAACUUCCAUCGUUACAAAAAACUGCGUUAACGCGACAAAAACUUCACUGUUUUGACUCGUUUAGCUGAAUGCUAUGUACGAGCACGCAUUUCCCAACGAUUUGUUGUUUUCCUUGAUGGUGUUACCGGCUCUACUACAGAACGUAGAAGAUGAGAAGAUCAUAGCUGGAGUUGUAAACCGGCUAAAGCUGAACCUUGAAUAUGUCGUAAAAUGCAUGGAGAAAUGA